UGUCCAAAACUAUGCCUAGUUGGUACCGUGUGGUGGUGUGGCUUUGGUGUCUUUUAAGCUGUUGCCAUGGCAGGACAGAGGCUGGGACUGCGGCUGGGGCUGGAGCUGGAGCUGGAGAGGUACUCGUGGUCAUUGCCUGUCCACCGCUUCCCCGUCGGUCGCAGGAAGGAUGUUUUGCGUUGUUCGACAGUUUGCGGGAGCAGCACCAACACCUGGCGGGGGUCAUCCCCGGGGAUUAUGUCCUCAGGUUCCACAUAAUGCAUGAGCUAUUCAAUUAUUGGACAUUGCUGGACGCAUUGCCAGGCCAGACACGUUUGCUAAAUGCGCGCACGGAAUGGAUUAUUUGGUGUCAACACAACACGCAUGUGGCCUCGCUGCGUGGCCUGCUCGAGCAGCUCCACAGCCAGGACCCAAUGGAGGCUGCCUACUACGGCCAUGCCUUGUACGACACGGAGGCCACGAUUGUGCAUCAUUUUGCACACUACAAGAAUCCCAGAUGGUUCCCGUAUCCCCUGCUCAGUGCCGGUGUUGUUUUCACAGGUGUUCUGCUGCGCAGGCUGGCGGAACUUGUUGCUCUUAGUGCCCAGAAUGCCACCCGGCACAGUGAGUUCGCCAUAGACGCCUCUCAUGAGCUGGCCCGCUUCAUAUUCGACAACUUAACACCUGACACGGACCGGGGGCUAAAGGAGGACCCUAUCGGUGGCCCCGAAGGCGAAACCUUGGAGCGGAAAAUCAUUUUGAAAACUGCUGCCUACAUUUGUCCCACUGCACUCCUGCACUCCUCCCCCGAGACGGGAACGAGCAAGCCCGUUCCUUGUUUGUUAUAUGCAAAGCCAGAGAUGUUUGCUGUCCUGCCAUCGACUUUGGAGACUCGCCUGCAAGGGCAGGUGCACACAACAGGAUCGCACAUCUAUUUUGCAAUCAAGACCUGUGCAAAAUUCCAUAAGGAACGUAUACCAAUCAUCGAACGCACCUGGGCGACCGACGCCCGGCACCGUAGAUACUACAGCGAUGUGGCAGAAGUCGGCAUACCGACAAUCAGCACUGGGAUACCCAAUGUUCAGACUGGACAUUGUGCCAAAACAUUGGCAAUUUUACAAUUAUCCCUCAAGGAUAUCAUCGAACAGAGGGACAUACGCUGGCUCAUGCUCGUCGAUGAUGAUACGCUGCUUAGCGUGCCUCGGCUGAGCGCCCUGCUGAAUGGCUACAAUCACACGGAGCAUAUCUAUCUGGGGGAACGCUACGGGUAUCGUCUGUACGCCCCAGAUGGCUUCAACUACCACACGGGAGGAGCGGGAAUUGUGCUCAGCCUGCCCCUGGUGCGGCUCGUGCUGGAGCACUGCAGCUGCCCGAGUGCCAACGCCCCGGAUGACAUGAUACUGGGCUACUGCCUGCAGGCACUCGGAGUGGUGGCCUUGCCAGCCGCCGGGCUGCAUCAGGCCAGGCCCCAGGACUACGCCAGGGAGCUGCUGCACCUUCAGCCGCCCAUUUCCUUUCACAAGUUCUGGAACACGGAGCCGGAGCACACGUAUCGCAGAUGGCUGGGUGGCUCCGGCGGCAAUCAGAGUGUGCCUCAAGCGACUGACACAGAUCGUGUGACAGUGGCAGGGGCGGUGGCCCCAUUGCCCCCGCUUGGAGGACGACUGCAGUUGCCCGGUCUUACCGCUGGCCUGGGAACGGCUGAGAAGCAUUUGGACCUGUAGUCUGCUGAGAUUUUGGUUAAUAACCCGACAUCCGGCAUCCUUCGAGGGCAAUGAUCCAUUCCGACUGAAGCAAAAGAUCAGCUAAGCUCCAGCUGCAAUAAUAAUAUUAUUUUUAGAGCAUAAUGAGUUGAAUGUAAUCCAAUCUGCAAUUAAAAUUUAA